UCUCGUGACAAUGCCUGAAGUAGCGAAGCCAGCGCCCAAAAAGGGCUCCAAGAAAGCGGUGGCGAAGGCCCCCGGCAAGGGCGGAAAGAAGAGGAGAAAGUCCAGGAAGGAGAGCUACGCCAUCUACGUGUACAAGGUGCUGAAGCAGGUCCACCCCGACACUGGGAUUUCCUCCAAGGCCAUGGGCAUCAUGAACUCCUUCGUGAGCGACAUCUUCGAGCGCAUCGCCGGUGAGGCCUCUCGUCUGGCUCAUUACAACAAGCGCUCCACCAUUACCUCCAGGGAGAUUCAGACCGCCGUCCGCCUGCUGCUGCCCGGGGAGCUGGCCAAACACGCCGUGUCUGAGGGCACCAAGGCAGUGACCAAGUACACCAGCUCCAAGUAAACAACUUUGCGGAGACAUCAAACCAACGGCUCUUUUAAGAGCCACACACUUUCUCUAUGGAGACAAACUGUCCUGACUCUAACGAGAUGUUCAUCAAAAUGGAAACAGCCUCUCUUUACUAAUAUUGUAACCUUGAUGAAUUCAAUUGAAGAGGAUACGCCUAUUGAAUACAUCCUGCAUAACCUCUAGAAUUGAAAAUAGUUUCUUUCAAAUCCAAUUGCACUUUUCUACUGCAGGACGUGUUGUCCUCUCUCUCAAAUCAGUGAUCUGCCACAUCCUCUUCAGCUGCUAUGAUAUCAUUGAUAAUUUGACCAUGGCCCUAAUCUCCUGAGGUUAACUUGUGUUGUUGCCGACACAUGACUGUGACUUUAAGGUCAGAGGAAUCCUUUUUUUUUAAAGCAGUAUUAUCAAUUAUCAAUCUUGACAAAUAUACUGUGUGUGCUUACUACUCUGUGAAUAUUGGGCAACCUUGAGCGAAAAACCAAACCAAUGUUAUUAUUUUUCCCUUAGCCCUCCUGUUGUCCUCAAAUUGUAAUUAUUAUAGUUUUAAACAAAAAUAUAUAUUGGAAAAUUAUAACUCAAGUGUACAUUUCAAGUGUUUUUAUUCCCCCCUGAGGUAAUGCAUAAAUAAGGUAUUUUUGAAUGGUUCAAAUAACAUGUUUACAUGCUACUAUUUACCCACACCAAUCUACACAAACACUUUCACAUACUGCACAUGUGUGUACAUUCUGGAUACACAGUGUGUUGGUUGACACUAAAGCCUUCAUUUGUAAUAUUAAUGUGGUUUUGUUAACAUAUGGACAGGUUGACUGAGAGCUAACACUGAUGAGACAAAUAGUUUUUCAAAAACAGCAGAGACAAUGCAAACUCCACUGAAGCAUAAACAUAUUCUACAAAAUAAAUGAUACAACCUUUUGACUUUUUGUAUUAAAUGAGAAAUGAGUGGGAAUAGGACAUUGAUAUGGUUGCCUUGGAAAUCAAUGUGUGACUGUUGGUAAGAUGCAUCAAUGCAAGUACAAUUGCAGUGACAGGGAUCAAUCCGGGUCUAUGUCGUUGGGGUAAACAUGUCCUGUUGAUGAAUGACUGU